GUGUGGGGGGUGGAGCCUAACUCAGUUCCAUUUCCUCCUUCCUGCUCCCAGCCAUGGCGUCUGCUGAUCUGAGAGACGAGCUGAGCUGCUCCAUUUGCCUCAAUAUUUACACUGAGCCUGUGUCCCUGCCCUGUGGCCACUACUUCUGCCAGGACUGCAUUGGGGGGCUGCUGGAUACCCAGGAACAAGUAAGAGAUUAUUCCUGCCCUGAAUGCAGAGCCGCGUACCAGGAGCGCCCCGCCCUGCAGAGGAACAGAGCUCUGGGGAACAUAGCGGAGCGAUUCCUUUCUACUCACCCAGAGCAUGAUGGGACGGGGAUCCUCUGCACUUACUGUGUCCAUUCCCCUGUCCCUGCCGCUAAAUCCUGUCUGCAGUGUGAGACCUCCAUGUGUGACGUGCAUCUCGCUGCUCACAACCAAUCAGUGACGCACGUUCUAACCGAGCCUACCGCUUCCUUCUGCGACAGAAAAUGCUCCGCCCACAAAAAGUUCAUGGAGUAUCACUGCUGUGACGAUGGGGCCUUUAUCUGUGCGUCCUGCUGCCUGGCCGGGGAGCACCGGGGCCACAGGGUGGAGCUGCUGAGUGAGGCCUCUGAGAAGAAGAAAGAGAAACUGAGGAAAGUUCUGGAGAAACUGAGCCCAGAGAGAGAGGAGACUGAGAGAGAAGCCCAGAGGCUGCAGGAGCGCAGGGGAGAAUUAGAGGAAAAAGCCGCCAUUGAGACAGAGAGAGUCACUGCCCUGUUUAGGGGCAUCAGGGAAGAGCUGGAAGCCCUAGAGAAGCGACUCCUGAGUGACAUCUCCAGGCAGAAAGAGGAGCUCACACUCACACUCACUGAGCUGAUCCAACAGCUGGAAAUAAAGAAGGACGAGCUGUCCAGGAAGAUCCGGCACAUUGAGGAGCUGUGCAACAUGGCAGAUCCACUCACUGUCCUACAGGAACAAUGGGAAUCAGAUGCCUUUUGUGGGGCUGAGGGGGCAGAUAAUGGGGGCAGAGAGGGUACUGAGGGGGCAGAUACUGAGGGCAGAGAGAGAGGGGGUACUGAGGGGGCAGAUACUGAGGGCGGAGAGAGAGAGGAUAUAAAUGACCUGGCUGUAGGGGAUCUGGAUCUGGGUGGCAUCUCAGAGACAUUACUCACAGGCUUAGCUGGGAUUGUGACUGGGCUAAAGGGAAAGUUAAUCCCUGGGCAGGAGGCUACAGAGCUGGAACUGGAUACAAACACGGCUGGGGAAGCUUUACACAUAGUGAAGACAGAAAUGGAACCUGUAUUAGUUACCCCUCAGCCCGAGGGCAGAUCCAUUGAGGCAGAAGACUCGGAGCUUUGCGCCCCAUCGACUAAAAAAAGAAAAACUCCUCCUUUGAACAUCAAACAAGAACAAACCGUCAGUCACAACUCGGCGCAUUGUUCUGAAAGUCUCCCCAAAUCCUCACAGUUGCCGGGUCCCCAAAGGGCUCCCCUGUCUGGUUCCGCCAUAGACACAAGGUCCAUCUCUGUGUUUGGACAGAACCCGGCAGACUUGUUACUGGAUAUAAACACGGCUGGAAGUUACGUAUCGGUAUCGGCGGACCGGAGAACCGCCACUUACUUGCGUAGAACCCAGUGGGGCCCAAGAUCCCUGACAAGAUUUCUGAUUCCUCAGGUUUUGAGCACCAGGAGUUUCCAUUCGGGGCAACAUUACUGGGAAGUGGAGGGGAGCGAAUCAGGGGGCUGGAUGGUCGGGGUGGCCUAUCCCAGUAUAGAGAGGGGAGGGAAACAUUCCAUGAUUGGCAAUAACAAGAAGUCCUGGUGUUUGUACAAACUGGACAAUCUCUAUACAGUGAUACACAACAGCACGGGGUACCAUUUAUCCGAUGUCCUUCCCUGCAGGAGAAUCAGGAUCUCAUUGGACUAUGAGGCCGGACGCCUGUCCUUCUAUGAGCUGAGUGAGCCAAUCAGGCACUUACACACCUUCACUGCCUCCUUCACUGAGCCCCUUCAUGCCGCAUUCUGUGUCUGGAUUGGCACUUGGGUGAGAAUCAUUAAGGCUCAUGGAGAUAUAAUGACCCACGCCGGGCAAUUGUGAGACCUUAUUUCAUGUUAUGACUGGAUCAUUGCCGCCCUAAUGACACGGGCAGGGUCGGACUGGGCCUCCAGGAUACUGGGAAAAACCCCGGUGGGCCCAGACCCGACCCUGCCAGCGCUCCCCCCGCUUACCGCUCCUUCCCUGAUGCGUUCAAUCAUGUGCCCUCAGGGGAGGAUGUAGGGUGGGGGGCCCUGCAGGGUUGCUAGGGGGGAGGGGUGCAGCAGCCCUGGAGGGCCCUGUACCCCCCAAUCCAGGGGUUAGUAGAUGCCCCAAUUGAAGCAAAACACUGAUCCCAAAAAGGAUGGGACUUACCAGGAAGUGGGCGGGGUUUGGGGAGAUUCAGCAAUUAGCACGGAUGUAAAUAAACUUUCCCAGGGCAGUAUACGGGGUUAUAAAGCGUUGGUGUAACACUGUGCAUUGUGGGUAAUGGGGGAAUGUUUUUGUGUUUAUAAUAAAACUCAUUGGAGAGGACA